AUGUACGCCUAUGGCGCUAGCAAGCAGCCCACCAAUCCAGGCGGGGCUGUGAUGCACGAAAUCGCCUACGAAUCAUACCCCUUCCCUGCUGGCCAAGCGCCUCCUUCCUCUCCGCCUCCCAUCAACAGCAGCGCGGUGCCCAUCGUGUCAGCUCAGGCGGCGCACGAGGCCAGGCAGGUCGAUCUGGUCAAGUGGUUGCGAGGCGGAUGGUCGAUGUACUGCGAGAACUGGAAGUACUUCUCGGGCUUCCAGUUCAUCGUGUUCUUCAUCAACUUCCUGCUCCCGCUCACCUACUUCAUCAUGACGGCACCGCAUGGCGACUUCCACACGAUGGACAACACGCCCAGGCCCGACCCCCACGCAGGCGACCCCACCUUCGCGCCCGAGGAGUACCGCGAGCCGCCCAUGGAUGCCGCCCAGCACCUGUCGCUCCUCUCCCUCCUCACGUGGCCGCUCUACCUGGGCCACCUCUUCGUCGGCCUGGCCCUCCUCAGGGCCAAGGUCUACGGCGUGGGCUACAACACGCUCGACGACGAUGGUGAAGAACGCCACAACAUCGACAGCUUCGAGACCGACGAGGCCCGGGUGCGACCCCACGACUUCCUCAGCGGCUACUUCCUCUACUUCCCGCUGCUGGCCAUCUCGUUCGUGCACGGCCUGCUGGUGGCGCUGGGCCUCGUGUGCCUUAUCUUGCCCGGCCUCUACCUCAUGGUGGUCCUCGCCUUCGUCGAGCUGCUCUACAUCGAGUACCAUCAUGCCUACUCGACGUUCGACCGCUACUCGACCGAGCCCCAGCCCUUCUCCUUCUGGCAGGCCUUCACGGUCUCGGUCGAGCGGGUGCACCCCCACUUCCUGCGCGUGGCCGGCUUCCUGCUCAUCCUGACGGUCGUCUACUACUGCGGCGAGCUGACGAUCGUCGGCACCCUCCUCACGGUCCCGUUCACCUCCCUUUGCCUCGUCGUCGCCUUCGAAGACCUCUUCGGCCUCAGGCAGGACAAGGUCAAGGAGCACGGCUGCGUCUUCUCCUGCUGA